AUGUCUAUUGAAAUCGAAUCCGCCGAUGUGAUCCGUCUUAUACAGCAAUAUUUGAAAGAGUCAAACCUUCACAAAGCGUUGCAAACAUUGCAGGAAGAGACGGGCGUUUCGCUAAAUACCGUCGAUAGUGUGGAGGGCUUCGUUUCGGACAUUCACAACGGCCAUUGGGACACGGUACUGAAAGCGAUCCAGUCGCUCAAACUGCCGGACAAAAAGCUGAUCGAUCUGUACGAGCAAAUCGUUCUGGAGUUGAUCGAACUGCGAGAGCUGGGUGCUGCCCGGUCUUUGCUACGCCAAACCGAUCCAAUGAUAAUGCUAAAACAGCAGGAAGCGGAACGUUACAUACAUCUGGAAAACAUGCUACAGCGUGCCUAUUUCGAUCCGCGAGAGGCAUACCCAGAAGGGUCCAGCAAAGAGAAGCGUCGUGCCGCCAUUGCCACCGCCCUUGCCGGUGAGGUGUCCGUAGUGCCAUCGUCACGAUUACUGGCACUGCUGGGACAAGCGCUCAAGUGGCAACAACAUCAAGGACUUUUGCCACCCGGUACGACCAUCGAUUUGUUCCGCGGUAAGGCCGCCAUCAGAGACCAGGAGGAUGAAUCGUACCCGACACAGCUGGCCCGGCAGAUCAAGUUCGGACAGAAAUCUCACGUCGAGUGUGCAAUGUUUUCACCCGAUGGUCAAUAUCUGGUAACCGGCAGUGUGGAUGGUUUCAUCGAGGUAUGGAACUUCACGACCGGCAAGAUACGUAAAGAUUUAAAGUACCAGGCGCAGGAUAACUUUAUGAUGAUGGAACAAGCCAUCCUAUCGAUGGCCUUUUCGCGCGACUCGGAAAUGUUGGCAACCGGUUCGCAGGAUGGUCAGGUGAAGGUGUGGAAGUUAAUCACCGGUCAGUGUUUGCGGCGUUUCGAGAAGGCCCACUCUAAAGGGGUGACUUGUUUGCAUUUUUCCCGCGACAAUAGUCAAAUAUUGACCGCUUCGUUCGACCAUUUGAUACGGUUGUACGGGCUAAAGUCGGGCAAAAUGUUGAAAGAGUUCCGCAGCCACACGUCGUUCGUGAACGAAGCGGUCUUUUCGCCUGACGGCCAUCAUGUGCUGAGCGCCUCGUCCGACGGUACGGUCAAGGUGUGGUCACUGAAGACAACCGAAUGCAUUUCAACGUUUAAAGCUUUGGGUACACAUUUGGCCGUAAAUUCGGUACUCAUACUGCCCAAGAAUCCGGAACACUUUGUGGUGUGCAACCGGUCGAACACGGUCGUCAUCAUGAACAUGCAGGGCCAGAUCGUGCGUUCGUUUUCGUCCGGUAAGCGUGAGGGUGGUGCAUUCAUCUGUGCCACAAUAUCACCGCGCGGCGAAUUCAUCUACUGCUGUGGUGAGGAUUUGGUGCUGUACUGUUUCUCCGUUACGUCGGGCAAACUGGAACGUACGCUGAACGUGCACGAAAAGGAUGUGAUCGGGCUAACGCAUCAUCCUCACCAGAAUCUGCUAGCAUCGUACGGGUGCGACGGUUUGCUGAAAAUGUGGAAACCAUAA